AUGACCGCAAAGGUCAUUGAACGCAUACUCGGUCGCAAAGACGAAAUUACGGUCGGAAAAAUCAAGGAAUUCGAUAUCAAGUCCGGCACGUGGUCGGUGUAUGUGGACCGGCUAGAUAUGUAUUUUAAAGUCAACAAAAUCGCGGAGGAGCUGAAACUGCCUACCCUUAUAGCUGUGAUGGGGGAUGAGGCCUACGAAUUAUUAUGUAACCUGGCAAGUCCCCACAAGCCAGCAGAACUGAAAUACGAAAGAGCAAUUGAGUUAUUGCAUCAUCACUUGGAGCCAACGCCGUCGGUACUCGCUGAACGCUAUCGCUUCAAACAACGCAGACAGGCGAGUGAGGAAAAUGUAGCUGCAUACGUAGCCGAGCUCAAAAAACUCGCACGUCAUUGCAAGUUCAAAGAAGGGUUGAACGAAAAUCUGCGGGAUCAGUUCGUCUGCGGGCUGCGGAGCGACAUAAUUAGGCAAAGACUAUUCGCGGAAGCCGACACAAUAUCCUACACGGACGCCGUAAGACUCGCGAUUUCGCUGGAAGCGGCGGAACGGGACGCGGCCGCGGUCGAGUCGAACGGGCGAGGCAACGGGGGCGACACAACCGGAGGCGAAGCGGUGCACGUGCUCGGCAGCCGGGACGGCGCGUUUCAGCGGGCCUCUCGGGGCGCGCGCUUGGUGCGGGGCGCGGCGAGAGCGGCGGGGACUCGGCACAGCGCGGCAAGUAGCGGACGGCUGCAAGCUGGCGGACGGCCGCAAGCUGGCGGGCGAGGCGGUGCAAACAGUGCCGGCUGGGGGUCAAGCUGCACGGGAUGGGGAGCGACGGCGCACUCGUACUCCGAGUGCCGUUUUCGAAAUUAUGUGUGCAGCAACUGCCGGCAACCGGGACACCUGCGACGCGUGUGCCCGGACAGGGGGGCAAACACGGGCAAAGAUAGCGGUACCAGACGUUCGGCGGCGUACUACGGGGAGGCAUCGGAGCAACGCCUACCGGAGGAAGAGAGGUUAACAGAAGAGGAGUUUCACCAUCUGUGCUUGAGCGACUACAGAGCGGUUUAAGGAAUUAUUCAGCGGCGGGUUGGGGCUGUAUACUGGAGGCAAGGCGACGCUGCGGGUGCGGAACGGGGCGGUGCCCGUGUUUCACCGCGCGCGGCCCGUGCCGUACGCGCUGCUGGGGAGGCUCGACGCCGAGUUGGAC